AUGCAGUUCUCAGUCGUUGCUCUCCUUCUUGGAGUUGCUGCUGCUGCCCCUGCAGUCGAGUCUGCUGAGUUGUCAACCGGUAACGGCAGCGGUCAUCAAGGCGGCGGCCACAACUGCAUGACUGUCCGGUACAGUGGAGAGCCUCUUAAUGAAACUGCUUUGGCUUUUGCAGCGGCUAAGUUAGGACCCCUGAUUACGAUAGAUGCAGUCCAGAGGUGUGAUUUCAGCGACGGAAAACUUAUCAUUGUCGAUCUUUCAUUGGGCCCCGGUAAGAAGCAUGGGAAACCAUCGCUUGAUGUCAACGUACUCAAUCAUUAG